AUGCGGACCCUGCAGGAAGGCGGGGAGCCCAAGCUGGUUAUAGCCUCGCAAGACAAUGGAGUCGCCUUAAACCACAGCCCAUCUAGAGGUUUCAGUCCGAACACUCAGCCUUCUGAUGCAGCCAGUGUCGACUGGCUGAUUGCCAAAGUCCGUGAUCUAGAACAGAAGCUUGCCCACAACAUCUCCAAAUGCAGUGUUGGAGACGGUAACCUCGAACGGCUGGAACAUGGAACACCUGUACGCAGCACUGGCGUAGUAUCCAAGACGCGGUACUUUGGCCGAAGUCAUUGGUCUAACUUGAUACAGCUCCUAGCCGUCGAACUUUCUCUCCUCAAACGCUCUGAGCUUGAGAAAGAUGAACUGUAUCAAGUUUUAGCAAACCUGAAGUCCUUAGCUCGUGAGAUCAAAGGGAACCGUGUCCAAUCGCUAUCGUCAACCGAUCUUGGCAGGCAUAUUCCCGCUCGGGAUGUCACUGAUCUGCUUGUCGAUCACUACGUGCGGAAUUUCGAAGGCACCUUCCGCAUUCUCCACAUCCCAACCUUCCGCUGCCAUUACGAAAAGUACAGACAGGAUCCCAGCUCGGUCAGCGAAGGAUUCAUUAUCCAGCUCCAGCUUUUGAUCUAA